UUGAAAUGAAAUGUUAUAAGCUGGUUGCUGACGGUGACUAAUGAAAAAGUGAUGCAGAAAGUGUAGGUGAAGAUUAUAAAACAUAAAAUAAUAUAUUUGAAGAAGAAAAAUACGUGUUAUUUUCACAACGAAAACAUUUGGUGUUAAUAUCCCGGAGUUUAUAGCUACAUUCAGUUAAGGUUUUUAAAAAGUGCAUUAAAUUUAAAGAGCCCAGCCCUAAUCAAAGAGGUCAGCAGAGGAAAAGAAAAAAGAAAGCAACUACGUCGACAAAGAGAAGUGUAAGUGGAAGAAGAAAAAAAACGAAAGGAGGGCUCUAAGCAGGAUUUAAGAAAGGGGUUUAAAGACUCCUGUACGCUAAAAUAUCUUCAGAGCGGAAGGGGAUAUAAACUAAUUAAACCAUUAUCACCACAAAUACCAUUAAUUACACUUAAAACAUGUCAUCCGGCGAAUUUGGAAAUCCCCUGCGCAAAUUUAAGCUGGUGUUUCUCGGCGAACAGAGUGUUGGUAAAACUUCACUGAUCACACGUUUCAUGUACGACAGCUUCGACAACACGUAUCAGGCCACAAUUGGUAUCGAUUUUCUUUCGAAAACCAUGUACCUUGAAGAUCGCACCGUUCGUCUGCAGUUAUGGGACACAGCCGGCCAGGAACGUUUUCGUUCACUAAUCCCAUCAUACAUACGUGAUUCCACUGUGGCGGUUGUUGUCUACGAUAUAACAAAUACAAACUCUUUCCACCAAACAUCCAAAUGGAUUGAUGACGUUCGCACGGAACGAGGCAGUGACGUCAUCAUUAUGUUGGUAGGCAAUAAGACAGAUUUAUCGGACAAAAGACAGGUGUCCACUGAAGAGGGUGAGCGCAAAGCGAAGGAACUUAAUGUAAUGUUUAUCGAGACGAGUGCGAAAGCCGGUUACAAUGUUAAGCAACUUUUUAGACGCGUGGCGGCAGCGCUGCCUGGAAUGGAUUCGACAGAAAACAAGCCGUCUGAAGAUAUGCAAGAAGUUGUGCUAAAGGACUCACCUAACGAAUCAAAGGAUCCUGAGGGUGGAUGUGCAUGCUGAAGAUUCAACGAAUGUAUUAAACGAUUUAAAUAAUUAAAUAAAUGAAACAGAAGAGAGCGCUUAAUGAUAAUUUACCAGUAUGAGUAUGAUGACGUAGACAAGUAUAAGAAGGCUUAAAAAGAGAAACACAAUUUUAUGUUUAAGUUUAUUUAUAACGUAAAUAAAACUAAAACCGAUUUACUGCAUAAUUAAUUCAUGAUUGCGUUGAAAAGUAGACGCAUAAAAGCAUUUAAUAUGAGAAAUUUAAUAUUGUAUAAAAAAUUAGAACUGAAUAUGUUUGAGGAAAGAAUGCUGAAACCAAAGCAAAAACUGUCAAACAUGCACGUUAGUUGGCGGUAUUGACAGGUAGCUAUUGUGUAGAAGAAAUAUAAGAAAAUUUAAUUACUUAGCGAACGCAUUAUUUAAAAAAUAGUCGUUUUAAAUUAUAUGCAUAUUGAAUACCGAGUUAUGGGAAGGAUUUAAAGAUGGUUACCUACUUUCAUAUUUCUGAAAAACACUCAAUACACUUGUUUAGGUAAAUGUAUUACCUUGAGAUCUGGAAUAGUAAUGUGUAAAGGAGUCCCAUUAAUAUGAGCACGACAUUUCUAUUAUAUAACAUUAGUUUGGGAAAUUUUAUCUCGAUUUAAUUGCUGUCCCGGCCGUCUGGGAGUAUUUCAAUAUGUAUUAACAGUCUUACUUAUUUCUUCGCGUAUGCAUAUAAUUCACUUCUGUCAAACAUGAAUUAUGAAGCUUUACGGAAAAAUGCGUGAAAUAAAUUAAUAUAAAACCGUUUAAUAUUUUUUUGUAUUUUAUUACAUAUCUUAUUUUUAUUACCUCCAACUAAACGAUAAAUACUGAUUGGCAAAUAAUUCAGCUAUCAAUUUCUAUAUUUAUAAAAGCGUGUAUGUACAACAAAGUAACUUACUGAAAUUUAUUAAAAGAAGUAAUUCAUUUAAGUAAACUAUCAAUUAAAGACAGAGUGUGGACAAGUGCAAUGGAUAUUUAUUCAAGUAAUCAAACUUCAGUUAAAAAUUUCAAAAAUUGGCAUUUGCAGUAUUUAAAGGAAAUGAUGUAAAGAGUAAAACGAGAAAAAAACAUGAUCUUUCCAUUCUUCUCCAUAUGAAAUUGUAUUUUUCGGUCGGUAAUUUGACAUUCACAAAUGUACUUAUUCUGUCAAAAACACUUAAAACAUUAAUUUAUUUUUCUGCUAAUCGUAUGAACAUAAUUUAGAACUCUAUAUGAACAUCAACUGAACAUUCCUGCCUUCCUUGUGUAUGUAUAAUAGUUAUUAUUUUAAUGAUAGAAUUUAGUCCGAAAUUGAAAAAAUUUUGUAAAUCUGACCAGUUAUGGAUAAGCCAAGUGCCACCUUGCUACGUAUAUGUUUCAUUUUCUCAGCAUUUCGUGAAGGAUGGUUAUCAGAUUAUUAGCAGAAAAUACUCACUAUUUUUAUUACCAUUAA